UCAUUAAAAUAGCAAUAUUACUUUUUUGUUUUAUUCCCGCAAUGAGAACUCAUUAUUCUUUGUCUUUGCUAUUUUCUUUGUUAUCUGUAGUUUGUGUGACAGGUGACAAGGCAGGCAGGCAGACAGUGAAUUGAUUUUUCGAAAAUGUCGCUGACAGACAAGAUUACGAUGCUUAUGGCCCGGCCGGGCGGAGACAACGUCCAGAAGGACGAUGUUUCGUGGUGGAUGCGCUACGCUGGUCGAGGCUUGGGCACAGUUGGCAGUUUCAUUGCAAUAAUCCUCGGCCUGUUCAACUGCCUGGGCAUCAUCCUCCUGGACGUCCAGUGCCUCAUUGCCGGCAUCUGGCAGAUGUUAGCGGGCUUCAUAGUCAUCGUGUGUGAAGCGCCGUGUUGCUGUUUCUUCAUAGACUAUGUCCAGACACUGUCGGAUAAGGUGGAGUCGCGCCCUUACUGGCAGAAGGCAGCCGCGUAUGUCGGCUUGGCUCUUCCCCCGUUUUUCUUGUGUUUCCUGAGCCUCAGCACCUGGUUCGGCUCGGGGCUCAUCUUCGCCACCGGCGUCAUUUACGGCAUGAUGGCGCUCGGCAAGAAGGCGUCAGCGGACGAGAUGCGGACGUCGGCCGCCACGCUGGAGGCCGGGCUGCCCAGCUCGGCGCCGCGCGCCGGCCUCGUGCCCAACGAGCAGCCCGUCUCCUUCACCGGCGUGCCCGGCAAGUGAUCUCCGCUCCUCUAUGCCACCCUGGUACUUUAAGGUGAUCUUAACGACGUUGACUAAUGUUUGUUAGCGCCGUUAUCUUUUAAAACCCGACCAGAAUUAUAUGAUCAUUGUCGAGAGGGCGCUGUUGUUCUCAUGUACGGGGUGACAGUUCAGUUUAAUAUGCAAAAUUUAGUUCCAAUGAAAUUCCGCAAUAUGCGUGAUCAUAUAUUACUGGUCAGGCUUUACCGAAUCAGAUUAAUCCAUGGAGUUUAAUCCCGCGGUUGCGAUAUCGGGUCAGCAAUGAUAAUCGAAAUUCGUUUCUACGUUUAAAACUAAAUUUAAAUCCUCGGGACUCAAGGGGUUAAAUUGGCAAGUUUAUGGUGGUAUUACCGACAUUAAUGCCUUCGUAGAGUAACAUUAAGUACAAACACACUUAACUGUCCCUCGGUGGUCCUUAUCCCUUUUGUAAGAAGGUCCACCGAUGCACAGUUAACAGUGCACGUAUUAACAAUCAAGAUAUUAACGCUAAUAAAUAUUUGUGCAGCGAUUUAUGUGGUAUAUGCUAGGGCACUUUCAACAAGUACCCUACUAUCCGUCAGGUCCACUCAGGUCUACCUCUUUCCUGGUUAUAUUAUUUUAUAAAUGUAUAUCAUUCCAAUUUACAAAUCCACCUGCUUCCGACUAUCAGAGUAAGGGCCAUCACAAAAACAUCUGGAAUGAGAUAUCAGCCGAGUAGACAAGUGAGCGUCAAGGCUGACAGGUU